AUUGUGUUUUUAUUUCAGUGCACCUUGAUAUGGCGAGGCCAGUCAUCCGUCUUCAAAACCCCACUGCUCCAGAGGGUCGUCAGCAGGCCUUAUUGGUGGCGACAAAUGGGGCCCGUGACUGCAGAAACAGGAGAAUGAGUUUUCCUCUUCCCCCUCCUCAGCUGCUCUGUGAUUCCACUGCACUGGCCCAUGCUGAAAGAGCACUACGUACUGAAGGGAUAAGAGCACCAUCACGACAGCAGUGUCUGGGGAAGAGGGUGCUACCCUUUGGCCAGUAUCUCAACGCACCAUCUCACUGGCUUGUGUCAAAUGAUCUGGGCUACAUGAAGUAUUUGAUCGACAAGCACAGAGAAGAACUCUCUUAAAUGGAAAGGGGCAAGCACAAAAUCAGUGGAUAAAAGACCACCUGACAGAGUAUGCAGAGAGCUUUCCAGAAGUUUCAAUCGCCCUGGAAGCCAACAUCCACCGAUGUGUUUACGGACAGAAAGGGUUUGAGAGCCAUAGCUUCCAGGAGAUGUGGGAGCUCUACAGCCAGUAUUCUGCACAGAAGGACAGGCCUGGUGAUUUUGGUACGAGUCAGAGGGAAACAAUACAGAAGGCAUACAGCUCUGUUAGCCGGUGGCUAAAUACACCUAUAACACACAUCACCAGUGUGCAGAUGAAAAGAUUUAGAAAAUACAUUUAUGACAAGAAGACACAAAAGUCAAGCUCUUCAAUCAGUGACCCCUCAUGGCUGGAUGAUACCCACUUGUUGGAGGUGAUCAAAUCUGAGCCCAUGGCUUCCACAGCAUCAUAAGCAGCCUCAGCAUCAUCUGCAGCCCCAGCUUUAUGCGCAGCCACAUCCACGCCUUCAAAGAAGUCCUCCUCCACACCUUCAAAGAAGUCCACACCUGCAUCAAAGAAGUCAUCCACAGCCACGGUCCCAGUAGUGCCCAGUAGUAACUCCCCAGUGCGUAAUAUUUACAUGCACAAAUGUCCAUCCAUCCAUUUUCUACCGCUUAUCCGAACUACCUCGGGUCACGGGGAGCCUGCGCCUAUCUCAGGAGUCAUCGGGCAUCAAGGCAGGAUACACCCUGGAUGGAGUGCCAACCCAUCGCAGGGCACACUCACUCAUUCAUUCACUCACGCACUCACACCCUACGGACAAUUUUUCCAGAGAUGCCAAUCAACCUACCAUGCAUUUCUUUGGACCAGGGGAGGAAACCGGAGUACCCGGAGGAAACCCCCGAGGCACGGGGAGAACAUGCAAACUAUGCACAAAUGUCGAGCUGGAGGGCUGGGUGUGACUGUGGGAAAAUCCCAAUGGCAUUCCACCAGCUGAUCUUUCCUGGGUGAAGGAUGACACAGAGCGUGGACUCUUUGGGCCCAUUCAGGUGUAUCGUGACAAUGCUGGGGUAUUGAAGAGGCGGCGAGUACUAAAAUCAGACCGCGUGUGGUUUUACCCUCCAGAACCUCCAGGCUACAUCAGUGGUACUGUGCCAACUCCACAUCUCUUCUUUCGCGGUCACAUCUUUGUGUGGCGGCCUGUUAGAGUUUGGAAAUACUCACUGAAGUGUCCUCGAGGAGAAGAAUGUGUGGGUCAAGGUAUAAACGUGUACCUCCACAAAUCAGGCUACCAUACCAAGGUUCGUCAUGUUUGUGACGUUUCCGGCUGGUACUGUAUAUUAAAAGAGGUCCUGUGCUACGGACCAUGUACAAAAGCAGCCAGGGGUGGCGGUAGUUGAGAUGGUGGUCUAGUGGGUUAAACCACUGAACUGGUUAAUCAAAGGUUGCUGGUUCGAUCCCAGCAGCCACCACCAGUGUGUCCUUGAGCAAGACACUUUACUCCAUGUUGCUCCAGGGGGAUUGUCCCUGUAAUAAGUGCACUGUAAGUCGCUUUGGAUAAAAGCGUCUGCCAAAUGACUAAAUGUAAAUGUAAAUGGUAGUUGAAAGGUGGGCAGGUGGUUGGCGUGGGAUUCUGCCAUUCUUUGUCAACUCAGUGAGGCUCACCAAGGCAUGUUUCCUGUUAUUCUGACAGACAAGCGUGGUGUGGACAAAAAUGUGGUGCGGCUUUUGAGGGACCGGACUGAAGGGAACACCAUGGUUAAAGUGUGGCGUCAAAUUCAGGAGAAUCAUGUUGAGGAGUAUCUCCACAGGAAAGACCUUUACACUACACUCCUCAUGACUCUCCUGAAGCCUGGGGGAAUUGUGUCGGCCUUAGGACACACGGUUGAGGCUCCACCUCCUCAAAGAGAGCUUCCCUCUGCUCGCCUGCUUCGCCAUGCUUUCCUUCUGGCGGAGGCCAACAACGUACAGGACUACAGGAACCAGAUUCUCUCCACUUUUGGCAAUGUGCUAAAGAUGGACUCCACUAAAAAGCUUGCAGGUGGUGAAGAAGCUGUCUGGGGAGGGUAAAGGCACGGCGGAGUGGAUUACCAGCAUAGGCAAUGAGCAUUCGCAGAUUGUCUCAUUUGUUCUUACCUGUGAAGAGUCCACUCAGUGUCUGAAGCCCAUGUGUCAGGGAGUAAUGGACCGCUUCCACCAGGCCAAUCAACCUGUGCCCAACAUCUUGUACAUUGACCGCGGGUGUUGUCGGGCACAAGGCCCAAGCACUGUGGAGAGCUUAUUUCAGACGCGGGUGGAGAAUGGUAUGGUGGUGCGUUUGGACAUCUUCCACUGGAUACAUCGCUUUGAUGCAGCCAUUCGCACAGACAGCCACUCAAAGUACGCUGUGUUCAAGUCUGCCCUAGCAGGAGCGGUGCUGGCCUAAAACCGCGCAGACUUGGAGCUGCUCAUCAAAGCUUUUAGAGCGAAGGACCCAACCGUUUUUGACACCGUGGCUGAUGAAGACAUGGUGCGACUCAUGGUGAUCCUCCAGAGAUGAGCAUGUACAGAGUGACUCAUACUACCAACAUCAAUGGGAUGGACGUUCCUUAUUUCAAAUGUCUCCGUGGGAGCAGCAGAAUGUAAGGAUUCCACAAAACUCUGCCUCACAUGAGACCAGGUCCCCACUGUGCUGCACGUCCAUAUCAAGUUUACCUGAUUAGUGGAAUAGCUCGGUGGAACUCAGACUGCAGCUCUGAUGCUGUGUUUGGUGGCAAAGGCAGAAAACUCAGAUCCUACUCUGCGCCUCUGAUUGAGCGCCUCAACACCCGCUGCCAGCAGCAAACCGUGGAGAAGAAUUUCCGUGCCCCUGCUGCUGUGACUUCAAAUGAGCUGCUUGGUUUGGAGUACCUCUUAAGCCAAAGCACAGGUGAAUCUGUUGGUCUGUCCCUCAGUGACCUCUCAAAGGACGGGCCCAGUCCAGAGGAGGAAGUGGUUCAGCCUGACGAGCCUGACCCCAAUGAGGAGGACGAGGCCUACCAGAGCGACCCUGAGGCAGACCAGGACAGGGAGGAUACCUGUAGCCCCAACCCGCUGCCUGGAUUCCAGCAGCUGGAUAAUUUCUGUUCUCUGCUUGUGGAGAUUGGCAAGACUGAGAAUAGGCUGAGCCUGAUGACAGAGCAAAGGAACAGGCUCGUUGCCGCAUGGCACGCUGUAAUGGAACAUGACAAGCAACCACAGAAGUUUCAUCAGCUGUACAGAACACACUGGGGUAACACGUUGUAUUGCCACACAAAGAGGGACGAUCUUGCUGAUGCUGCUGAGAUUCAGCGGGUCAAGAUGGCCAAACGCUACGCACCGGCUCAUGAUCGCUGGUGCCGUGCAGCUACGUAAUUAUUUGCACAUGCUCCUCCCGAACUUUGUUAAUAAAACAUCAUUUCCGGCCACGUCAACCAGCACCACACCCUUGACAGUGUCUUUUUGCCCCACCGACACACCACAGAGUAUUGACACCCCCUCAGCCUGGUCCAGAGCUACAGUGUACAAAAGAAAAAGCACAGACAGUCCUACUCAAGUUGGAGUCAAACUCUCACUUGCCUGUUUGUACGCUUUGCCAACAACCCACUCAGGGACACAAAAAAAUUAAAACAAAGAAUUUUUGUCCCGUGAAAAUGAUGUCGACCUCCAAACGAUUGGACAACAGAGUGUUCACCAGCUAUGAACACUUUACCACAGUUGUGGACUCACAAAAGUGAAGUUUGUUUUGCUGUUGUGAGAUAGAAACACCGUUUUUAUUGUUAUAUAUAUAUAUAUAAUGCCGACUAUUGUUCAUUUUAUAAAGUUCAUAUGUGUAUCUUCUGUUAAAUCAACAAAAAUAUAGGAUAUUGUAUAUAUUGCCCUUAAUAUAUAUUUUCUAUGUCACUUACCUAUUUUAUACCUGAUAUAAAUGUGAUGCUUGUCUUGAAUAUGGCAUUUUAUUUAAUUCCAGUUAUAUUUUACUAAACGUACCUAAUAUUUCAUAUUAUAUUAUAUUUCAUGUUAUA